AUGAAGCUACUAUAUUCUAUGAGUUUUAUCUUCCUCUUCAGUUCAACUCAAUUUGUUUUAAUUGAUGGUAUGGAAGUUUUCCAUCAUCCUUCAACAAAUGCAGCAGUAAAUCAGAUCUAUGAUUACAUCAAGCUCAAUAUUGAUCAUUUAAAUCUUGAUCCAGCUCACCACCUUGAAGAUGAUAAACAUGGUAAACGUGGUUUCAAUCUUCCAACCCACACAAGCCACUACCCAGAUUGUCCCGAUAAGGUUGGAUCAUAUUACCCUUGGCAUGAAACCAUACCAAACUCAGAUAGCCAAGAUUUUGAUUCUCCAGAGGCCCUUGAUAGUAGCUUAUAUUAUGAGAAUUCUCAUGAUAUCCAUAUGUCAUCAUUAACUCAAAAGUAUCAAGAUUCUGUUAACAUACCUCAAUAUAUGGUCAAUCCAGAACAUGAGACUUUUCAACAUACCAUUCCUUUUAACCAUGAAAAACCUUCACAUCCAUACUCUUUUCAUCCUUUAGAGAAUCAGUAUCAAUCAAUCAUAGAUCCAAAACACAUCAACAGUAACUUUGUCUUUGAAAAUGUUCAUGAACAUAACACCUUUGGACCUAGCAUUCAUUUGGAUCAUGAAAGUGAUGGUUCAUUUGACCACCAAACCUUUUUGCACCAAUCUCAAACAAAUUCGGUACACAGAAAUCAAGAUGUUGAUUCACAGCAUGAUUUAGGCUAUGACAAUAGUGCAGACAGUAUAUACCAGCACAGACUUUCACCAUCAGGAUCAAACCCAGAGGUAACUAAUUUUGCCAAAAGUCAGCCAACCUCCUUCCAAAGACUUGUGAAGAAAAGCAAAUCAGCAAAGGGGGGUCCAAUGUCAGAUAUAGAAGAUUUUGUUAAUUCAUUUCCCCAAACUUCUCACAAAUCAUUGAAAACAUUCUUUGAGACAAGGAAAUCAAGGAGAAUGGAUCCAAUUUCAAGUCAAAGAAAAUUCAUCAAUUUAGAUUAG